GUGUGUCGUAGCUCGUCGCGAGUCGUCGUCGUCGUCGUCGUCGUUGCGGGGCGCGCGCGCGCUCGCGCGUCCGUUCGCGACCGACCGAGAGAACUACCACCAGCGCUCCGCAACUCUUUCUCUCUGUCUCUGUCUCUGGUGUAGGUGUAAUUGCGCGCCUCCGAUUUCUCUUGAUUUUAUUUUUUUCUUUCGCGAGUGCGUCGAUUCAUCGGCACCGCCCGACAACAUGCAUCGUCUGCAGCAUCAUCGUAAGCGGACCAGGGAAAGACGCGACUACGUCGUCGUCGUAGAGGCUCGGAGCCGUCCUCGUCGACGUUUCGGCCGACUAAGUUGCGCUGGAACUAGCGAGUACAUUUUUCAGAAGAGCGAGAUCGAACGCGAUCGUCCGGAUCGUCCGCAGUGUUGUAGCGCAGUGUCGUUUCCUCGGCCCUAGUGCUCGGCGGCAGUGCAGCUGCGCCACGCAAGAUCUCUAUCUACGUAUCGUGCGCGUGCGUGUGCUUGCGCGCGGGUGUGUGUGUGUGUGUUAUCGAAAACCCAUGUCACGCACACAAACAACCGAUCGAACGCAGAGAAAUAAUAAUAAUUAAAAAAAAAGGAAGAAGAAGAAGAAGAAGAAGAAGAAUAAAAUAAGUAGUGCAAAGUGAGAUCGAGGAAAGAAGCGAGUUUAUCGAAGCAGCGAACUGCGGACUGCAUCAUCAUCAUCAUCAUCAUGACGACGACGGGGUUGCGACACCUUCGGCUGACGACCGGCAUAUUCAUCUUCCUGGUUCUGGCGCUGAGAUCUGGCUCUGCGGGCAACGAGCGACGCCGCGACUCCAACUAUUACGGCACGCGGGUGGGCAGCUUCACGUCGUUCGCCCACGCGCUCAGCGGCGACGUCUACGUCGUCGACGAGUACACGCUCUUCGUGAAGAACUUCAGCUACGACGGCACGGCGCCCAACGCCGUCUUCUGGGUCGGCAACUCGUCCAUGCCCAUGCCCGACGGCACGCCCAUCUCCUAUCCGGAGCACCACAGCAGAAAUCCAUCCCCGCUGGGCUACUACAAGAACGCCGACAUACUGCUGAAGCUGCCGUACAACAUGAGGGUCCGCGACAUCAAGUACCUCAGCGUCUGGUGUCAACGCUUCACCGUGAACUUCGGCCAGGUGAACAUCCCCGCCAACCUCAAGAUACCCUCGGUGCGCGUGCUGCCCGAGUUCUCGCGGCUCGCUCACAAUCUGCGCAGCGACAACAUCACCAUCCUCGACAGCAAGACCUUCUACAUCCCUAAUCUGCACUACGACGGCGCCGGGCCGGACGCCUACUUCUGGGUAGGAAACGGGCCCCAGCCCAACGUCUACGGCACCAAAGUGCCCAACGAGAUGAACAGCUCGCUGCCGCUGCGCGGCUACGAGGGCGUGGACAUCGAGAUCGUGUUGCCGGGCAACCUCACCGUCUACGACAUCGACUGGCUGGCGGUCUGGUGCGUGCAGUACAGGCACAACUUCGGCCACGUGCUCAUACCCAAGGACCUGGACGUGCCGCCGGCCCUGGGACAGACCAAGAUCGCGCCGCCAUGGUGGUAUACUCCAACGAGCAGCACAGCCGCGCCCGAGCUCAGCAACUGCAUGGAGCUGCUCGACGGCCGCGUCCAGGUGCAAUGGGAGCUGCUGGGCGAGGACAUACACGUGCGCGUCACGGGCCGCAUCCGCGAGGAGCAGUACAUCGCGUUCGGGCUGUCGGGCGAGGACGGCCAGGCCAGGAUGCGUGGCGCCGACGUCGUCGUCGUGGGCUACAACAAAGACCGCAGGAGCUUCUUCGCCGAGGACUACUACAUGUCGGACUACUCGCAGUGCGACGGCGAGCGGGGCGUGUGUCCGGAUCACAAGAUAGGGGGGAAGAACGACGCGGUGCUGAUCAACGGCACGAGGAGGAACGGCGUGACCUCGGUGACGUACAAGAGGCCGCUGCGCACCAACGAGGCGCUCUACGAUAGGAUGAUACCCGAGACCGAGACGACCAUCAUCGCGGCCAUCGGACUGCUGAACAAGAACUACGAGGCCAAUGCGCACACGAGCGCCGACGCCACCGACGAGGACAUAAGGAUCAAUUUCGGGGCCAGGGGCAAGCACCAGUGCACCGGCUCGAUCUACGAGAUGCCGGCCGAGCCCGAGGUCAAGGCCUGGCCGGCGGCCACCAUCCAGGGCGAGACCAAUCUCGUCGCCCGGAUAGGACCCACCGGUGGGCCGCGCGGCUACUCGCGCAUCACCGGCCAGCCGUCGUGGGGCAUCGCCUGGUUUAUCAACGACAAGCUCAUCCCCGAGAUCACCGUGGAGCGCGGCCAGAAUUACACGUUCGUCGUCGAGGGCGGCAAGGACAAGACCAAUCCCGCCCGGUACCAUCCGUUCUACAUCACCGACAGCCCCGAGGGUGGCUUCGGCCAGCUCACCGACUCGCAGCAGCGACGCCAGAAGGUGUACGCGGGCGUCGAGUACGACGGCAACAAUUAUCCGUAUCCGACGGCGGCCGGGCGCUACUGCGAGUACAAGCACAGGCGCACCGACCAGAGCGCCAAGAGCGAGACCUUCGAGGAGUUCUUCGCCACGCUGAGGCUCGAGUGCGAGGAGGGCGAGCCCGCCACCAUCGUCUGGCACGUCGACGAGGACACGCCCGAUCUCGUCUACUAUCAGUGCUACACUCACAAGAACUUGGGCUGGAAGAUCAACGUGGUGGACGCGGGCGCCUCGUCCAAGAGCAAGUCGUCGUCGUCGGCCGGUCACCCGUCGCCGGCGGCCAUCCUCGUGCUGCUCCUGGCUGCUGGCCUGCAGCAGACCUUCCACGGCCUCCUCAGAUGAAGACUACUGUGACGCGCUGCGGGCGGAGGAGUGUGAACGAGCAAACAAAUGUGGUCAAUAAUUAAUAAAAAAAUUCGUUGAAGCUGCUCUCGCGCGACACGUUAUAUGUAUAAAAAAAUAAAAAAAUUAUGAUAAUAAUUGAAUCGAAACCUCGAUGAAAGUAUAACGACGAAAGUAAUACGUUACAAGGAGCACAAAACAAGAAGGUAAACGAUGAAAGUAAAACGAUAGCUGUAAGCAAAAAAAUAUGUAUAAUUAAGGGCAAAAAA